AUGAUAGUGAAAUACACUGAGAAGAGUGGCUCUGCCCCUGGAAUGAGUCGCCACAUGGCAGCAGCCCUCCCAAUGGGCACAUUAAAGUACAUUCCAUCCCCCAAAGCGCCCGUUGCAACCAACAGCGACUUGGCCAACCUGUUUGAGUGCCCUGUCUGCUUUGACUUCGUCCUUCCACCAAUUCUUCAGUGCAGGAGCGGCCACCUGGUCUGCAGCAACUGCCGGCCCAAGCUCACAUGCUGCCCGACAUGUCGGGGACCCCUGGGCUCCAUUCGGAACUUAGCCAUGGAGAAAGUGGCACAUUUUGUAAUGUUUCCUUGCAGAUAUGCCUUACUGGGCUGCAAAGUCGCUUUGGCACACAGUGAGAAAGCGGACCACGAGGAGCUGUGCGAGUUCAGACCCUACUCUUGCCCAUGCCCUGGCGCCUCGUGCAAAUGGCAAGGCUCGCUGGGCGACGUCAUUCCGCACCUAAUGCACAAGCACAAAUCCAUCACGACGCUCCAAGCAGAGGACAUCGUGCUGCUGGCCAGGGACAUCAACCUGCCAGGGGCUGUCAACUGGGUUUUGAUGCAGGCCUGCUUCGGCUUUCAUUUCUUGCUGGUCCUGAAGAAACUGGAGAAGUUUGACGGGCACCAGCAGUUCUUUGCCAUCGUUCAACUGAUCGGCACACGCAAGCAGGCCAAGAACUUCAUUUACCGCCUGCAGCUCAUCGGCCACUGCCGGCGUCUGACGUGGGAGGCGACCCCACUGUCCAUCCACGAGGACAUCUCGGUGGCAGUCAUGAACAGCGACUGCCUGGUCUUCGACAUGAACAUCGCGCAGCUCUUUGAAGACAGUGGCAAUCUGGACAUCAAUGUGACCAUCUCCACGUGCCACCCCACGCCAAGUGACCAAGAGGGAUGA